CGUGCACUGCAGCUUUUUUUUUCUGUUUUGAACACAAACACUGCUGCUUUCAAUAUCUUAAUUCACGAUAUAGGCUGCUUAUAAUGGCCUACAUAGCCCCUAUUUUAUUACGAAUAUAAUUGCACUUUAAUUCAAAUAGCAGUAUGUUCGAUAUAUUUUGUAUGUACCUUAGAGCAUGAUUAACAGGGAAUCUUAGAGCAUCUUUUAUAGUGGAGUUAUUAUGUUAUUUAGGAAUUAAAAUAAAAGAAAAUUAGUUUAUAUAUGAAAACACUUCUCUUAUUUGGGGACUACAAGAGACGGAUCUUAUGAACACGUGUCCCAUCGUUUGCGACUCUGAUCUCUUCUUCCCCGACUUCGCUCUUCUUCAAUUUCUCCCGAUUCGCAGCGAGAGAGAGAGAUGGUGCCGCCGGCAACGGAGCGGUGGUGCUGGGCAUUGAUUAGGAUAUUGAAAGGACUGGUGUUCGAUCACGCUGCUCAGUUCUUCAUUGCAGAUGAUUCUCGUCUUAUCCAGUACGUCGAUGGAUGGUUAGAGAAAGGACUUGUUCGAGAGUGGAAAGGUGUUGUGGGAGAGCUUGAAGUUGGAGGCAAUUUCUCGCAGUUUCCUCCUUCAUGGCCUCCAAGAUACAUUGCUGUUCACGGCAUGCGAUCUCUCGCUGAUUCAUUGCUAUUAGAGAGUCGAUUGUCAUUGCUCACAAUGGUAAAUGUGCGAACCGUUUGCUGUCUGCAUCAGGCUUGCCCCUCGUUGCUAAACAGAUGAAGAAUUUUGAUCUUAGCUCCAUAUGGGCGCUACUAGCAGCGUUCGAUGAUCCUCUUCCUACAGUGAACUUCGAAGGAGCGUUUGUGAAAGGAGUUGAAUCAUUGUCUUGGAUGGGAAACAACUCCGCAAAGCUUGGUAACUCUAGAACACCACAAACUAUUUCUGAGUUCUUUUGCUUCUGUAAUAUUAGUAUCUAAGUUGCAAUAUAUUUUGUUAUUUGUUUUUCGGCUGGCUUGUAACAUGCAAGGCUUCAGUAGUUUGGGAUGAACAAAGCAAAGAAUAUACUAGUUGUUCCUGGAAGUUCAUUGGCAUUGCAAUUUUUUUGUUUAUCUCAUCAAAAGCUUCUUUGGAGCAACUCAGACUUGUCAUAAACCUUCCAAGUUCCACCAUGAUUUGGUUUCAUCUCUAUACUAGUCAUUUGGUUGA